AUGGAUUCUCUCCCUGCAUAUCAUGAGCUCAACAAAGAUGUUGCAACUCUCGUCGCUCCGUACCUUAACACUUCCGAUCUCUACUUUGGCUGCCUCGUCAAUUCUCACUUCAAUGAGAAAUUCGGCAAUUAUCUUUGGGCCAACCCAUUUCGAGACCUAGCCCAAAGAAAAGAACCUUGUGGAGUUGUCACCAGAUUCUUCUUAGCCUCUACAAAACAUGAUCUCAAGACGCUCAAGAGAGUUCGAAUUCUUGACCUGCGUGCACUACACGAGAUCAGACGUGACAGAGCUCAAACUAAAGAUUGCGUCGUAUUCGGGCCCAAUCUGAAACCUGAGUGGUUCUUUAAAUGUUUCAAGAAUUUUCCAGAUCUCAAUUGCGUCCUUCUCGCACCAACAUGCUCCGAAGACUACGGCGUAACUACUGUCCCUGACUUGCCAGAUGAUUAUGAUGGGGCGCCGCAGCCAGAAUUCUUGAGCGCGGCUGGUUGCAAUACGUUCAACUACUCCUUGAUUCUUAGCCAAAAUAUAACCAAGAAUCUGAUAUAUCUCGACGCAUCUGAGACUGCUCGCAGUACAAAUUGGAGAGCCAUGUUCACCGCACAAAAUCUUCCAAAACUUAAGGUCUUGAAGCUACGAGGUCUAAGAUUGACAGAUACCAUGUUACCUCCCAUUGUGACCAACUCUAGAGGGCAGCUCUGGUCUUUAGACCUUCGUGAUAAUCUCCUGACUGACAAUAUAAUCUACCCUCUGAUCCGAAGCUGCUUUCUGGGACGAUUGCCAAGCUACAAACAUGGUCCUCUCCGUGCAACAGACGAUAAUCUGUUCGAAAACCCUCCAAUUUACCGUGAAAGUAACGAAAGUAGCGAUCUAUCUCCGAUUGCUACAACUACACUUCGCCCCGACAGUAUUCAUGACGUUGAAAGUUCUAAGCACGGUAUCAAUAUUCUUGAGCGGAAAAAUUAUGCUGAAGAUAACCUUUUACUGGUUACAGGCCUGACCCAUCUCUACAUAUCAAACAACAAAUUCACAGCUCUUGCACCUAAAAUCCUCCUCGCCAGCACUAAUUCUCUACAAGUCCUAGACAUCGGAUCAACCCGCCCCAACCCACCCAUCGGAGCCGGAUCCGGUAUCGACACCCACACACAAGAACACAGCAUCCCCUAUCUCUCUCGCAAAUGGCAGCCCCGUCUAGAAAUCCUCCGUAUCCACCACUCCAUUGUAACACACCAACCACCCACCACCCAACCUUGCAAUAAACACUCCCACACCCACUCCGACUCCGACAAAGCCACAACCACACCCCUCAAAAUCACAAACCCAAACCAACCAACCCCCCCACAAGAUCCCACUUCACCCACCUCCCCCACCUCCCCCUUCGACCCAUCCAGCAACCCCCGUCUGCACACCCUAACCCUCACCUCCCUCCCACGCAGAUCAAAUCCAAGCACCUCGGUCUUCCCGUCCCUGCAACACUUCAUCCGCCGUCUCUCAGUACAGGAACUUACCAUCCAAAACACCCAGAAGAAUCUCACAAGCAGACGCGCUCCGCUGCUGUACCCCGGACUUCGAGAACUCAUCCUAGAGUUUCUACCCGAGGUGCGAUAUGCAUCUGCGCAAGGUGGUGGUGGUGGUGCUUCGAUCACGGAUGAUCAGGACGCGGAUGUGUAUUACAAGGAAUUGGCUCGCGAUUUUUCAUUUUUAAAUCAGGAGGAUAAUCGCGCGGCGACGGGGAAAGAGAAGGGGGAAAAAGAGAAUGAAGGAGUACAUGAUGUUGAUAUUGUGGAGGAGCUGAGGAAGUGGAGAAAGAGUGGGACUUUGCGUUGGGGUGGGAAGUUGACGAUUAAGCUGUUUUAG